AUGGGCAACGCCACCGAGCAUUCGGACCAAGAGUCCAGGGACACCAAGCCCGUUCCCAGCUCCAGCCCAAGCGUGCACGCAGAGAAGGAUGCCACCCUCGAGAAGCCCCACGACGGCCAUGUUGAUUACAGGAACGAUGAUCUGGAGAGCCCUGGGUUCGACGCCGCUGCCACCAAGAAGCUGGUCCGCCGCAUCGACUGGCAUUUGAUCCCCUUCCUGGCCUGCUUGUACCUGCUCUCCUUCCUCGACCGUACCAACAUUGGAAACGCGCGUCUAGAGACGCUCGAGAAGGAUGUCGGCCUCUCCAACCUCCAGUACAAUGAUGCAUUGGCCAUCUUCUUCCCCUUCUACGUCGCCGCCGAGGUGCCCUCCAACAUGGCCAUGAAGAAAUGGAGGCCAUCGAUCUGGAUCCCGUCCAUCAUGGUUGUUUGGGCCGUCUGCACAACGUUGAUGGGCAUUGUUCACAGCUAUGCUGGCUUGAUGGUGUGCCGUGCCGCUCUAGGGAUUGCCGAGGGUGGUUUGUUCCCAGGCAUCACGUACUACAUUACCAUGUGGUAUCGCCGCCACGAAUGUGGUCUUCGCAUGGCCAUCUUCUUCUCUGCUGCUACGGCUGCUGGUGCUUUCGGCGGUCUCUUGGCCCGUGGCAUCCUUGAAAUGCGCGGUGUCGGCAACCUUUCUGGUUGGCAGUGGAUCUUCAUCCUUGAGGGUCUCCUGACGCUUGUUGUCGCCUUGAUCGCCUACAAGGCCAUGUACGACUACCCUGACACGGCCAAGUUCCUGUCGCCCGUAGAGAAAGCUGAGGUCGUGAACCGUCUCAAGCUCGACCGCUCCUCGCUGGCGGACGAGUGGGAUAUGCGCUACUUCUGGGACGCCCUCAAGGACUGGAAGAUCUGGGUCCACAUGCUCAUCACCAACGGCAUCUACACCGGCCUGUACUCGUACUCGCUGUUCCUGCCCACCAUCGUCAGCGGCCUCGGCUACACGGAUCCCAAGCUCGCUCAGCUCAUGACUGUGCCGCCCUACAUUGUGGCCUGUUUCUUCUGUAUUACGGCCGGUUGGCUUGCGGAUCGCCUGGGACAGCGUGGUCUGUUCAUGAUCUUCUUUGAGAUGAUGGCCAUGGCCGGUCUCGUGAUGCUCAUCGUCAGCGACUCCAACGCAGUCAAGUACGCCGGCUGCUUCCUCCUGGCGUCGGGCAUCUACCCCAACGUGCCGCAGGGAGUUGCGUGGAACGGCAACAACAUCGGCGGCUCGCUCAAGCGCGGUGUCGGCAUCGCCAUGCACGUCGGCUUCGGCAACCUCGGCGGCACCGUCUCGGCCUACCUCUACCUCAAGAAGGACGCACCCCGCUACAUCUCUGGCCACAGCGCCCUGCUUGGUCUCCACGCCAUGUCCCUGGUGCUGUCGAUCCUGAUGCACCUGUACCUGCGCCACGAAAACGCGCGCCGCGACAAGACCUACAAGCCUCCGUCCGAGUACACAGAAGACGAGAGGGUUGCGGAAAGGACCAAGGGCGAUAUGGCAAGUUUCUUCCGCUAUACUAUCUAA